CCCGCCCCCCUGCAGCAGACCACUCAUUUGUGUCAUAGUGCGUUUAGUUUACCUGAACCACCGCUUACUGUACAUUUACCUGAACCCUGCGGAUCCAUGGAGUAUCCACCGGAGAGCAUCCACACCCUCAUCCCCAGGGAGGAGGUCAGAAUCGAGAAACCUCAGAGAUAUACUUCCAGGUUCAGGACGACGGUUGUGCAGGAAAAGAAGUCGAGCAAAGAUGCGAUGAAGACGAUGGGGCCUGCAAAGGUGGAGAUGCCGUCUCCAGACAAAUACUUACAAAAGAACUCCAGAGACAACAAACUACCUGAAAAGAAAGCGUCUACUAAAGCCGGAGAGCACAGCUACACCCACAGGAAGCCGGACGUCCCGACCAGGUUGGACGUCCCUCUCAUGGGUCUCCACAGCAACAAGGACUUUGUGAAGACCAACGUCGUGGAGACCACCAUGUCCGAGCCCAGGAAGCCCAAGCCCAUCUACGCCGACACCAAACGGGGCCACAGGCAGCUGCUGGAGGACUCGGGCCUGGUGCCCAAGUACAUCCAGAAGAAGGACUACGGGGAGACCCCCCAGUACCUCAACCAGCGCAGGGAGGAGGUGCAGCGGGCCCAGCAGGAGUACGACCAGUACGUCAGCGACCGGAUGAAGGAGGGAGCCAUGAAGGUGCUCUCUGCGGAGGAGCGCAGCUCCAUCAUGGUGGGCCUGAAGAAGAACUGGGAGGACCUGAACCGGCAGUACCAGGGGCUGUCCAUGGUCACCGACACCAUCACCAAGAAGCACCGCAAGGAGCGCCUGGAGCACGCCAUGCGGCAGCUGGAGAGCCACAUCAGUAUGCUGGAGCGGUACACCACCAUCUACGUGGCCAACGACUAGCCCUCGUUGGUACUGAUAGGCUUCAAGAACCCUGAUCAUGACGGUGAUGUGUACUAUGUGAUUAAACAUGACAUGGUCAGAGGUCGGAUGUCUUAUGGUAUUUUAUUCCACACAUGGGGAAAAGAAGAUACAAAAAUGAGAUGUUAAAUAUUGACGUAAAUGU